AUGGCCGAAGCUUCCAAGAAGGUCCAGCAGCUCAUCAACGACAACCCCGUUGUCGUCUUCUCCAAGUCGUACUGCCCGUACUGCAAGGAGACCAAGAGAGCUCUGCAGAGCAUGGGCGCCAACUUCGAGGCUUUUGAGCUCGACCAGGCCUCCGACGGCGGUGCCCUUCAGGACGCCAUCGAGGAGCUCACCGGCCAGCGCACCGUCCCCAACACCUUCAUCCUACAGAAGUCCAUUGGUGGAAACUCCGACCUCCAGGGCCUGCGCUCGUCCGGCAAGCUCAAGGCUCUGCUCACCGAUGCUGGUGCUCUGUCCGCGUAA